AUGGCCUCUUCCGACCCUCGAGCAUGCCAAGGCCAACGGCGAGCCCUAGAGGACAGGCAGAGGGAAGGCGCGCGCGUCAUCAUUGAGCAGCGCUGCGACAACCACUUCCAGCCCGAUGGGUGCGACGGCCCCGACGUCGACGAGCCCGCGCUCGGAGAUGGCGGGUACCUUCCUUUUGAGGUUGGGUGUCCUGCCUUCACCCAUGAGCUGCGGCAAGCUGCAGGUGGAAGAGAUGUGAAGGUGUUCACCAACUACUUCUCUUUAGCACUCAAGUCAAAUGAGAAGAAGAACAAGCAGUGCAACAAGAAAUGCAAGGAUAAGUUAGUGUUGAAAGUGGAGAGAUCGGGCACGCCUAGUGCCGACAAGUGGGCUAAAUCCGAAGCCCCCGUCAAGGAAGCUGGCAAGUGCGCUGACUGUCUGGAGGCUGCAGCUGCCAAGAAAGCUGGGAAAGUCGCGGCAGAGGCUGCUGAAUUCACGGUGCCCACCAGGGACAACAAAGGAAAGAAGAAGGAUAGUAGGGACGCCGACAAGGAAUCCGGGAAGCGUACCUCCAUGGAGUGUGCCUCACCUAUUGAUGACGUCUCGGGGCAUUCCAAUAGCAAGAGGACCAAGGCUGUUGCACCCCAUGUGAAAAAGCCACCACCUACCUCCUCCCUCUCUGCCUCCCGCCCCUUCCUCCCACCCCCAUCCCCAUCCCCCUUCACCUUCCCCCACCACCUCGACCUCCUCGACCUCUACCUCCCCACUGACCCCUUCUUCGUCCCGCCCCUCAUACCCUCCCCGCAUGCCUUCCUCCUGCACGACUUCACCGACCGUGUCGCCGUGCUCGAGCUCGCAGCCCGCGCGGCCGCCCCGCAGCCGGCGCGCCGCAAGUACACCUACGCGGCCAUGGAGCCCGGCGGCCGGAAGGUCAAGUGGACGGCGGAGGAGAAGUCGCGCGGCAGGGGCCGGGCGCUCAAGUGGGAGGCGGAGCUCGCCUCCCCCAACGACGACGGAUUCGACCGCAAGUGGAGGUGGGAGGCCAAGUCCAAGGGUGGCGCCGGAGGCAAGACAAGGAGCAAGUGGGGCACCGAGAUCAAGGGCAAAGGCUCGCUCGAGCCAUGGUCGCAUGCCUACACCUGGGAGGAGGACUUCACCGCCUCCGACGACGACGAGGAUGAGCUGGAGGUCGAGGAGCGCAGGCCGGAGAAGCCCAAGAAGAUCAAGGCCGCCGCCAAGGACAAGGAGGAUGACAAGAAGAAGAAGAAGCCGGCAAGGACGUGCAUCCAGAUCGAGGAGAUCCCCGAGGAAAACACCGCCGGCUACGACGCCAUCCGCAAGGCCUUUGCCAUGGGGAACGUCAAGGGGAAGGCCAAGGAGCUGUCGCCGCAGGAUGCCGCGCUGCUCAUCCAGAUGAACUACAGGGCGCACCUCACCCACCGCUCCCAGGUGGUCAGCUGCCUGCGCGAUCUCGCCCUCGCCAAGGCCAUGCUCAAGGAGCUCCGGUCCCUCUUCUACAACCUCUCCUACAGGCGCCGCCUCUCGCACGACCACGAGGAGCACCAGAGGUUCUCCGAGAAGAUCAUUGUCUUGCUCCUCACUGUCGACGCACUCGAGGAUUUCCGGCGAUGCGCUUUCAGUGGGAGGAGACGUUCCCAUCGACGACGAGGCGCCUACGGUGACUUCGUAAAUUUCAAGAUGAUAUGCCGGCUCAGUCUCUCCAUGUGCGAGAAGAACGGCCAGACCCCUCCGCCGAUGCCAGUCAUUGCUCCGGAGGGCAUGAUACCCUUUCUUGCUCUUGCGCUCUUGCUUCCGAAAUCUCUAGAUCCGCCUCAUUAUUCCUCCUCCAGCGAGUGA